GAAGAUAUUCCGACUUACCUAAUAACAAAAGAAGUCGACCUUGUCAUUUGCCAUCCUGAUUUGCCGUCAGCAAUGUUUGAAAUUACAAACUUAUAUACUUCUUUAAAGUCAAAGCAUGUGCUAAUAUAUAAUCCACUUAAACUUAAUUUUACAAAGGACAUUUUCAUUUUAUCAUUUGCGGGCUCACUUUGGUUAGUAUUUCUUCUGGUUUUAAUAAUUUUGGCGAUUUCGUUAAAAUUAUCAACACGAAGACAUUCACUUAUACAUCCUAAGUACGAAGCUUGGACCUGGGUUGAGAUAACACUAUGGUCCAUUGCAGCAGCGUGUCAGCAAGGUUUAAGCAAUACUCCAUAUGGAUUUUCAAGUUGCCUAAUUUUUUUGAUAGGAUACAUUAUGUCUUAUUUAUUGUAUACUGGAUUCGCUGCAGCGGUAACGUCCAUUUUAUUACAAUAUGACAUUUAUUAUAAAUUAAAUCUGGAAAAUAUGAAAAAUAAUAACUUAAAAUUAAUAUGUCAUGGGUCCGCCGAUGAUUUCGUAAGGAAACUAAACGGGAAUUUUGUUAAAAUAAUUAGUACUUACGAUUUUUCUACAAUAUUUAAGUUUCUUGAGCACGACAAUACUCUUGCGUUAGCUCCAGAAAUUUUGACCAAUCAAUACAUAGCUGAGCAUGUGCAAUAUAACAUGUCCAAGUACAAAACGUCGACGCUCUAUAACAUCAACUAUAUGAAAGGGUUUUACAUAUUAAGAAACAACAGUUUCAAAGACUUAUUGAACACACAAUUGUUAAGAAUGGAGGCAAGUGGUGUAUUAUCAAAUAUGCUUCAAAGAAAUUUAAAACCUCUACUUAAUUCCAACGUAAACUACGGAUAUUCUAGUGCCGGACUAGAGCAUGUUGGAUCAGCAGGAUUAAUCCUCGUAGCGGGUGUAUUAGCUGCCGUAAUAUUUCUUAUCGCAGAGUUUAUGCUUUCUUUUUAUAAAAAUACGCAUAGAAGUAAAUAGUUAAGUUUAAACAACUUCUAGAAAUCACAUAAGUGGAAUAAAAAGGAAUGCACAAAAUACAAUAGACAAUAAUUAAAUUUUAUUUAAAAAUGGCAGUACAUAGCAAAAAUAUAAAACUGCCAAAUACUAAAAAAACUUAAUCAUAAACUAUUUACAUUAACAUAAGAUUUAACAUCUUCAUAAGAUGUGCUUGUCAACAAAGUAUUAUAACAAAUUAAAUAUGGUGAUUAAUUGAAAUACAAUCACGGCAUAUCGGA